CGUCAACAGUAAUGUCUGACAAGGAGAAGCGGCGGUCCGCAGCGGCUCCUUCUGGGAUGCCCGCGUGCAAAGCCGUCAAACCGGACAGCGACAAGGAGUUUCUGGCGCAGGCCGGGGUGGGAGACCUGCUCCUCGGAGCCAUCCUAAAGAUGGUCGAAGCCAGGUCGGACGACCCGGUCGGGUUCCUGGCCGACCACUUCUGCAACCUGGCCUCGCAGCUGACCAGCGGCCCUUCCAGCGCAUGCGCAGUGGAGCAGCAGCGGCUCAACCGCGCGCUGUGGCACCUGAGGCUCGCGCAUCACUCCCAGAGAUCAGCUUUCAGCAACAAUGUCCGCGUGGCCUAUGACCUUCUAAACAUCCCUGGCUGUCAAAGACAAGCAGAUGAAGGUGGACCCUGUUCUGAUGGUGCCAUCGGUGCAGGAGGAGGAGGAGUAAGAGGAGGCCUCUACACUCAGGCUUUGCAGUGUCUCUGCAGUGAGGGAGGUGUCCCUGCCUCCACCUCUGCCCCGCUCCUUCAGCGGCUCUGCUGCCAGGACCACGAGGCCGUCCCUUAUGACGUCUUCCGCUACGGCGUGCUCACCUGCGCUGUUUUCUCGGACUACAUCCGGCAGGCUCAGAGGCUUUAUGCUGAAGUGUGCAGUCCGGAUGAGGGGCCGGUGUCACGGGCCCUGUGUCUGACUGUGCUGGGGACCUUAAAGGAAGCUUUAGAGACCUCACAGGGCUGGGAUGCUGUCCGCUUUUUGCAGGCCAGUGCCAAGAUCUCCCCCCACAACCUGGCACAUGCCAUGGUGGGGGCACAGGCACGGGGGCCCGGUGGCAACAUGGACGCAAAGGAAUUUGAAAAUGCAGCUGCAGAACUGUUCAUCACUCGAGUGAAACUUGUGUCUUAA